AUGGUUAUGAACGAAUGGUCCAAAGGCGGCUAUGACGCAAUCUUGGGAUUCUCACAGGGUGCCAUUCUGGCAGCAGCACUUUGCACCCGACUGCUGGAGAAAGGGCAACCACCACGUUUUGCGAUUUUCCUUUCUGGCUUUGGCAAACCGAAGCCUGCAGGUUUUACAUUUCCUGAGAGCCCAAUGCCUAUACCGAGUCUGCACAUGUGGGGAGAUGCUGAUGAACACAUACCCUCAUGGACCAGCAAAGUGCUUGCUGAACGUUUUGACAAUCCACAAGUCCAUGCCCAUGCAGGACAUCACAUCGUUCCCCAGAAGGCGGCAGAUGUGAACAUCAUUCUCAGCUUCAUUGAGAUGAUCGGCCAACCCAAAGCGACAUCCAAUGGCAUCACCAAAACAGGUGGCCCCGCGUCGCCUGGUUACCCAGGGAUCCCCUGUGAUGAGCUCGUCGUCGCGUUGCGCCGCUACUCUGCGCCGCGGCAGACGGCCUAUGCGAUGGAGGAGUUGGAGCAUCCGGGGACCGGAACGUAUGAGAGGCUGGUGGCUUUGCUUCUGGGCAAAGACUAUGCAUCAAUGAGCCACGGAGCCUGUCGAACCUCCGAGGAUGCCGUCAGAGUGAGACUUGCAGGUGGCUGGCAGGAUGUGACUCUCCACAGCGGCGCCAAGGCGAUGUUGCUGCGGACGCCCACGGCCCAGUGGCUCCUGGCCGUGCUGCCGGCGGAUGCCAAGCUGAGUUGGAAGAAGCUGCGUGCCAUGCACGGCAAGGGCACACGGAUCGCCACCGAGGAGGAGGUGGUUGAAGUCACCGGAUGCUUACCUGGUGCAGUGCCACCCAUGGCUGCGGCAUUUCCCCGUCAGGCUGCUGUCGUAGCAGAUGUCACUUUGCCAGAGGUGAUCAACUUCAAUUGUGGCUUGCGGACCCGGUCCAUCCAGAUGAAAAGACACUGCUAUGAGUCGGUGCAGCCUGCAACCUUUGCUGACAUCAUCGAGCCGCUGCUUCCAGACUGCCGCAACGUUGAGAACGUGGUCAUUUCGCGAGUCAAAAGGAGAGGUAUGAGCAUUGAAGUGACGCUCAAAUUGCCCGGCCGGAGCUUCCAGUGGAAUGCCGGAAACCCGGACGAAAAACGCCGCGCAUGCACGGGCGGGAUCGCAGUCGAUCCCGAGACCCCAACGGACUGCCGAGCCCAGUUUCGCUACCUCUGCAGCCACUGCAGCCAGCACCUCCCAGUGGCUUGGGGAAACCUGGAGGGGCCCGGCCUGGCGAUGGCAGCCCUCCUUGGCUAUUUUGGCAGCACGUUGUUAGAGGCAGCCAAGCCGUUAGAGGUGCCACAAUCGCUGGUGCCCAUUCUGACGGAUGCCCUGGUGAAGCAGAUCUCCGAGGAAUCCGCUGCAAGUAUCACUCUUCGUCAAGACACCAGGAACUUGGGCUACAGCCUGGUCCUAUUUUCUGGAAGCCCUGAGGCAACCCAGAAAGCCCGGGAGGCAAUUCAAAAGUACUGCGGCUUGACAUCCGGACCCAACAUUUCGAAGACUCUGGAGUUACAUACCUAUCACUCGAGUGCCUUCUAUGAAAUGGGUGAAGCCAUGAAAGACUUCAAGAACAAAAUCGCUGGCUUACAGAUCAAGCUGGUGGCUCCUGAAAGGCUGGGUGCCCCCUUCAAGGUCACCAUUGGGCCUGGCCCGGUGGCACACGUCUCGACGGCCGAAGCCACGAUCCGGAAGACGCUGAGAGAGGUGGAAUUGGAGCUUCACUACAAGCAGCGGAGAACUGUGCCCCCAGAGUUGAAGCAUGCGAUGAUGUGCAAAAACACCAAGGAGGGCAUCGAUUGUCCCAACAAAGCGUGUCCCUUUUGUCACAGUCCUGAAGAGCUGGAAAUUGCGAGUCGCUGUUGCUAUGAAAACAGCAUCUCUGUUCCUGGACAGACUGUGGCCAGCACGCAGAAAGCGCCAACAAAAGCGCCGCCCAUUAUCACUGCAAAGGCGGCCACCGUGACCGGAAUCAAAGGUCAGAAGUUGAUUUAUUCCGGCAAAAUCCUGGCAGAUGACGUCACCCUUCAGGACUCCGGCUACCAGAGCACUGGAUUCAUUGUUGCCAUGGCUACCAAGGCCAGACCUGGGGCGCUUCUUGUGUGCAAGGCCAAAGCGCCGAGUGCAAAGGCUCCUGCUUGGAUCUCAGGGCCGAUUGCUCCAGCUUCAACCCUUCUGCCUCGAAUCCGCCAUGCCCCUACACCGGCAACUCCAGCAGCUACACCAGCUCCAGAAGCUACACCAGCGCCGACUCCAGCAGCUCCAGCUGCUCCAGCAGCGCCUGCCGCAGAUGCUCCCCUUGACGCUUGUGACCCAGUUCCGAGAGAGGAAGCUUCAGUGCAAAGCCUUAUGGAAAUGGGUUUUCCACGUGACCAGGUGGAAGCAGCACUUCGAGCAGCUCCAGGGCGAAAUACGAUGGUAGCAGUAGAGUUCUUGAUGACAGGAAUCCCUGAAGCAGGGCCUGAGAUGCCGGCGGGAGGACUUCCUUUUCCGUAUGGUCAUGGACCAGGAGGACCAGGACCACAAGGAGAGGUUGGAGACAACGAACCAAUGCCAGAGGUGCUGGCCCAACUGCGAAACAAUCCUCAGUUUGGCCAGCUUGCGGCGAUGAUCGCGCAAAAUCCAGGGAUGAUGGACCAAGUGAUGCGAGGUGUUCAACAGACUCAUCCUGAAAUUGCGCAGGCGAUCCAGGAGCAUCCAGAUGCCUUCAUGAGGCUUUUGCAGGAAGCCACUGGAGGUUGGCUGACUCUUGCUGCGCGGGCUCAAGUUUCUGUUGGAUUUCCAGCUCGCAAAACAAUGUCUGAAAGCAUCGCAAAAGUCGUGUUUAUCCGACACGGAGAGAGCCAGGGCAAUGCCAAAAAUGUCUAUACUGGCUGGGAUGAUACGCCUUUGAGCAUCAAGGGAGAGCAGGAAGCAGAAGAAGCUGGACUUUGUUUGAAAGCAAAAGGCCUCAAAUUUGACAUCUGUUUUACCUCAGCCCUCCAGCGGGCGACCAAAACCGCCGAGCGCGUGCUGAAAGUCUCAGGCAACAGCUCCGUUCAGGUGGACAAGAGUUGGAAGCUCAACGCACGCCACUCGGGUGGCCUUCAAGGUUUGACCCAGGCCGAAGCCGUGGAGCGUUACGGGGAAUCCAAGGUCACCCUGUGGAGAAGUAGCUAUGAUAUUCUCCCUGCCUGUGUUGAGCACUCAGAUCCAAGACAUCCAGUACACGACCCGAAGUACGCGGGAGUGGCUCCAGAGCUGUUACCCCCCGGGGGAGAGUCACUGGCGUGCACAGUGAAGCGGGUGGUACCACACUGGAAGGAGAAGAUAGUGCCUCGCAUUAGAGCUGGAGAUUCAGUGAUGGUGGCAGCGCACAAGAACUCACUUCGAGCCCUGUGGAAACAUCUUGAGAAUGUUCCAGAUGAAGAUGCUCUUGACAUCAAGAUGAUGCCUGCGAGCGCCCCCCUGGUGAUUGAGUUCCAGAUUCCACCUGUCGGAGACGAUCUGAUUUUCUUGAGAAAGUACAGCUUGAACGCUCCAACAUUUAAUCCGAAGGUUCGCAUUGAUUCCUUGUCCAAUGGAGUCACAAACAAGGUGUUCUUCCUGCGGCAUGCUGAAAGUCUGGGCAACGCCAAGGGCAUUUAUGGCGGGUGGGAGGAUGCUGCCCUGAGCAUGAAAGGCGAGCAACAGGCAGUUCAGGCUGGAUUGCUGUUGAAGCAGCAAGGCGUGACCAUCACCCAUGUGUUCACGUCCGUGUUACAGAGAGCAGUCAAGACAGCUGAGCUGGUGUGUGGAGCCUCUGACAACGAGGAUGUGCCCACGACUCGUGCAUGGCAACUGAACCCUGGCCACUCAGGGGUCCUUCAGGGCCUGACGGAAGUGGAAGCUUUCGAGAUGUAUGGCGAAGAGAAGGUCAAGCAUUGGAGAUCCAGUGAUGAUGUGAAGCCUGAAAGCGUCGACUUGAAAGAUCCCAGACACCCAGCGAAUGACAAGCUCUAUGCCGAAGUGCCAGUGGAAGAACUUCCAGGUGGCGAGUCACUUCACAUGACAGCUGCACGCGUGUGGCCUUACUGGACCAACAACAUUGCGCCAAUGUUGACAGGCGAGCGGAACAUUUUGGUGGUGGCGCAUCGGGACUCGCUGAGAGCACUGUUUGGUCAUUUGGAGGCUGUGGAAGCGGCCACCGUCUUCGAUGGAACGUCGCAGACAGCUCCAUUGGUAUAUGAGUUUGGUAAUGACGGAACCUUCUUCAAAAAAUACAGUCUCAGUACGAUGAGUCCAGAGUUGGGUCUCAGUCCAAAGCAUCUGGGGCUUCUUCGAUUUCAUAAUCAGCCCGGUGUGGACUAUGAGAAGGUUGGCCAGGUGGUUUUCCUCCGUCAUGGAGAAAGCGAAUGCAAUCUGAAAGAGCAGUUCACCGGCUGGGAGGAUUCUGGAAUGACACCGAAAGGUUUUGAACAAGCACGAAAAGCUGGAAAAUAUUUGAAAGAUCACGGUUUUCAAUUCGACAUUGUCUUCACCUCCGUGCUCAGUCGAGCCAUUGAAUCGGCUGUGUUGAUUUGCGAAGACUCGGAGAACAAAGAUGUGCCGAUUGAGAAGGCAUGGCAACUCAAUGCACGACACCCUGGAGUGUUGCAAGGCUUGACGAAAGAGGUUGCUGUGAGUUUAUACGGAAAAGAAAAGGUGAAUAUUUGGAGAGGCAGCUAUGACGUGAUGCCAGAGUGUGUUGGAUUGGAUGAUAAUCGCCAUCCUGUCAACAAUCCGCUUUACAGCGGCAUUCCCAAGCGAGAGCUUCCCCCGGGUGGUGAGUCCCUGGCGCGGACCGUGGAUCGCAUCGUCCCCUACUGGAGAAGAAGUAUUGCUCCACAUAUCAAAGCUGGCAAAUCUGUUCUGGUGGUGGGGCACAAGAACUCCCUAAAGGCCUUGUUCAUGUAUUUAGAAGAUACUUCAGAACACGACAUGUUCGAUGUGAAGCCUGUGUCUGCGACAGCGCCUUUAGUCAUGGAAUUCGGACGGUGCAAUUUCAGCGAUCGCUUGAUGAUUCUCAAAAAGUAUUUUGUCAAACAUACGACUGAGGAGGGACUAGCUUUGAGCCGCUGCAAAGAUGGCUCAUUCCACAAGUAACAUGAAGAUGCCUAUUGUUUGUGCCGGAAGUAGCAUGAAGUCGGUGAGCUUCCAGGCCGUUUCUAGAAAAUGUAUUUUAAUUCUUGAUGUCUCACAAGUCUGGGCCACGGAAACGGUGUCGCAAGCCGAAACCUACAGCAGUGCUGCGACGCUUAUAUAUUUUAUACUAGCGCCAGGAGUUUAAUGAACUCGGCAGGGUUUCAUAAGUUUAAAGCGAAGAACGUACAGAAGGCUCAGGGUGUGG